AUGGCAGCGAAUCUUUCAGUGUCGGACCAGAUCCGGCAGCUUGAUGAUGCACGAAAGUUGGUUUUGGGAGAUGUCAAAUAUUAUCCCAGUGUUGUCAAGGGAAUACUACCCAUCAUCGGACCAAGUGCAGCGCUCGAGCUGCGAAGAUGGGGCGCCGAAUUUCUAGCUGAAGCUUUUUCGACGCCUGCUCUACCAAAUGGAGAAAAGGAGACAAUGCAACCUUAUGUUUUACCAACGUUGGAGUCUAUGCUCGAGAACGAGCGUGAAGACCCUCAAGUUCUGCGAAGUGUGAUCCAAUGCGUUGCCAGUAUCUAUCCCUUGGCGAUGAGGUGGAUCAUCAACAACGGAUACGACACAAUCACUUGGGAAAGAAUGGUAGCCGUAAAACAAAAGGUUCUCAGGAUAUGGGACAAUGCUAGCCCUACCGUGAGGAUUUGUUGCAUCAAGUUCGCGCAGCGUGUAGUUCUGGCACAGACAGCAGCGACGGGUUCUGAGCUACGAUAUGGCGGUACUCUAGAUGUCUCGCUGGAUAAAGUCCCCCCAAAUCACCAGUCACUUGAUCCUCGGAACUUAGAGGCUGAAGCGUCCGGACUACUGGAUAGAAUGUUGGCAACUCUACAGGAGAGCAGCGAUGCUCUGCUCGUAGACGCAACGUUGAACUGCAUGUCAAUCCUCGUGAGGACACGACCAGGAACCUCGAACAGGAUCAUCAAUGCUCUUGUCAACUUUAAUCCCCUCAAGCUCGCCAACUCUCCUCUAACCCCCAAGACCCGCGUCAUGAUUAGAUCCAUGGAGAAAACGACUCGAAUGCUACUUAUCCAUCUUAUGAAGCGAGAUCCCAACAAUCCAAUGGCUCACAGGAUACAGCAGCACGUAGAACGCAUGAUGCAGAUUAUGGCAGAAUUUUUUGACGAUUCUGGACGAAAACGUCCCCUCGAGCCAGCACCACAAGAUGCCAAUGAUCCCAAACGACAGCGAUUAUCCCCAGCACAGAUUCAAAUACCACCGUUGGGCCCCGGCCCCCACAGCCUAGCCGACGUUUUCACACUCAUCGACAAUACUGCUCUCAAGAAUUUCGAUAUCUCGCAAGUUCCCGCUCCUUUGGUCGCCAGGAUCGCCGUUACCACGCUGUCGAGACUUGACCCCCAGGUAUUAUCUAAAGCUGUCGAUGGUAUUCGCGGCCGUCUCGACACCCUGGCCAAUGCUCCAGCUCCUGAGUUGAAUCCCAAUACCGCCCCGUUGGGCGUAGACGAAGACGAUGAUGACUAUGAGCCUGAUUUUUACCAGGCCGAGGAUACAGAACAGAUCCUCAACAAGCUAGAUAGCUCACCCAUGCAUGAUGCACCGGUAUUGGACGAUGGCCUUGCACUGAAAUCAUUCCACCUUCAUCAGCCUAGUGCUCUAACCCCAGAAACGGCACUGACAGCAGGCAAUGGAACAGUCACCCGGGUGAUUGAGAUGAUGAAGUCGCUAGAAGACCCGGCCAAGAAGAGCAAAGCUGGCUUCAGCAGACUAGCAGCUAGUUCUGGUAAUCGGGAUUCUUGGAUGACAAUACUGGCACGACUAGCAACGCGCUCUGUGGCCGGUCUCGAGGAAACCUCUAUCAAAGAGGAGGGUGGCUCAUCAGCACCCCAGUCUCUCAGCAACAAUAUUCGCGACGUUUUAUAUUCCUAUGUGAUGGAGGACUUCCGAAAGCAUAUUGAUGUGGCGGUCUCAUGGCUCUGUGAAGAGUGGUACAACGACAAACUACAACAGAAAAAGGGCGGCGACCGACCCUUGUACUACGAAAAGUGUUGCAUGCGUUUGAUUGAUGGAUUUUUGCCAUAUCUACACCCUCAAGACAAAGUGUUGACGCGAUUCUUGAGUGAAAUACCCGAGCUAAACAAGAACCUCCUGUCGCGCGUAAAGCACAUGUGUCGCGACCCCAGCGUCGUUCAGCUGGCUUUGACAAGCCUUCUAUACUUGGUCAUGAUGCGGCCACCUGUCAAAGAGAUUGCACUGGACACGGUGCAAGAUAUCUGGACCGAAUUUGAAGAAUCAAGACCUAUGGCAGGCAAGUAUUUGACCAAAUAUCGGCCAACUUUCAUGGAGUCUGCACGAAAUGCUGCUGGUGAUACUGGACAGUCUGCAUCGCCUGCUAUUACGGCUUGA